AUGUCAACACCAGCUAGAAGACGGUUGAUGAGAGAUUUCAAACGUAUGAAGGAAGACGCCCCACCAGGAGUAUCUGCUUCGCCAUUACCUGAUAACGUCAUGGUAUGGAACGCUAUGAUUAUUGGGCCAGCUGAUACUCCAUACGAAGAUGGUACUUUUAGGUUGCUGUUGGAGUUCGAUGAAGAAUAUCCUAACAAACCACCACAUGUAAAAUUCUUGAGUGAGAUGUUUCACCCCAACGUUUACGCAAAUGGCGAAAUUUGUUUAGAUAUUUUACAGAACAGAUGGACUCCAACAUAUGAUGUGGCCUCUAUAUUGACAUCUAUUCAAAGUUUAUUCAACGAUCCAAAUCCGGCUUCACCAGCAAACGUAGAAGCGGCAACACUAUUCAAAGAUCAUAAAUCGCAAUAUGUUAAGAGAGUUAAAGAGACGGUAGAGAAAUCAUGGGAAGAUGAUAUGGAUGAUAUGGAUGAUGACGACGAAGAUGACGAAGAUGACGACGACGAAGCCGACUGA